AUGCCGGCCAACAACCAAAGACCGGCUGCCCAAACCCCGGUAUCGCCACGAAGCACAUCUAAAUACACCAACAAGGAUGGUUCAAAGUUCAUUACUGUGCCAAAGGGAACCCCCUCUGAGUCUUCGUUGCCUUCGACCCCCACAACUGCCAAACCAAGCGACCCCCCACUAGACGUUUCCAAUGUCGACAAUGGACCUGCUCCCGCCAUCAACCGCAAGAAACAGAAGCGUAGACAAAAGGCCGCUGCGAAAGCCGCUGCUCAGCAAGCUGCGAAUGGACACAUCGACAAUGCACCUAGCCAUAGCGCUGGUGCGGGCUCUAUGUCCGGCCGCGGCCCCGCUGACCACGAGGAAGUCGAAAGCGACGAUGAGUUUGAGUACAUCCUGGAAAGCGAACUUACAGGGCCUCCUACGAACGGUCACCCGCCCUCGGAUUCUAGAUCUAAGAAGAACCGAAAGAAGAAGAAGAAGGGAACAAAUGCCGACCCCACAUCGCCAAUUCCAGAAGCCCUCGAACCUGAACCGCAUCCUAAUCUAUCGCAAGGCGCUGGCAUGUCACGCGACAAGAUAUGGAGUACGAGUAACCAAGAAGAGCGCGAACGCAUAAAAGCAUUCUGGCUUGGAUUAGGUGAAGAUGAGCGGAAAUCCUUGGUCAAGGUGGAGAAGGAUGCUGUUCUCAAAAAGAUGAAAGAACAACAGAAGCACACUUGCAGCUGCACUGUGUGUGGACGAAAGCGGACUGCGAUUGAGGAAGAGCUGGAGGGCCUUUACGACGCCUACUACCUGGAGCUUGAACAAUUCGCAAACCAGGGCGAGGGACCACCGAUGCUACCAUCGGCCCGCGAUUUCGCUCUACGACGAGGAUUACCAUCGAGCUAUACCAACCGACCCCCCUCCCGAGGCCGGAUAGUAGAACAUGUGGGCGACGACGAAGACGAGGAGGAGCUGGAAGAGGUCUAUAGUGAAGACGAAGUGGAGGACGACGAUUAUAGCGACGACGAACCUCCCGAAGAAUUCCAAACCUCACACGAGCGAGACGUCGCCGAUUUCUUGACGUUUGGCAACAGCCUGCAAGUCAAGGGUACGCAGCUCCUAGAAUCACUUCUCCGCAGAUAUGGUAACAUGGACUUAGGUGGUAUUCUCACCGUGGCGGAUGACCUUCUUAAAAACGACGGCAAGCGUUUUAUCGAAAUGAUGGAACAGCUUGCAGAACGUCGGAUGGCAAGAGAGGAAGACGCUCGCGAACACUUUUCACGAGGCUACGGUCACCCUGGCCCUAAUGGCUCAUACUCCAACCCUCAUAAUCCACCCCCUCCUCCUGAAGAAGAUGAGUACGACGAAGAAGAGGACGAGGAAGAAGAUUAUGAUGAUAGCCAGGACGAGGAGUAUGAAGAGGAAGAGGUAUACUCAAACCCGUCUGUGAUGCCAUCCCAGUCCCAUACUGAGUGUUGCUGCCAGGACCAAAUGACAGAAGAGCAACGAAUGGAAGAAGGCCGUCGCAUGUUCCAGAUAUUCGCCGCUCGCAUGUUCGAACAACGAGUUCUCUCCGCCUACAAGGAAAAGGUCGCCAAGGAACGUCAACAAAGGCUACUUGAAGAAAUCGAAGCAGAGGACCGAGAGUCUGAACUCAAGAAAGCUAAGAAAGCCAAGGAUGCGCAGAAGAAGAAGGACAAGGCUGCUCAAAAGAAGCAAGCAUUGGCGGAGGAGAAAGCGCGGAAAGAAGCCGAGAAGGCUGCGGCAGAUGCUGCACGGUUAGAAGCUGAAAGGCAACGAGUUGCUGAACAGAAAGCCAGGGCUGAAGAGAAACGAAAGCAGAAAGAAGCGCAGAAGAAGGCCGAGGAAGAGGCACGCCUACGAAAAGAGGCAGAGCGACAACGACGACUCCAUGAGCAACGCGAGAAACAAGCCGAACAAGAACGCAAAGCUCGAGAAGCUAAGGAGAGGGAGAAGAAGCUCAAAGAGGAACAGCGACAAAGAGACAAGGAGGCUCGAGAGCAGAAAGAGCGCGAAGCCCAAGAACGCAAGGAUAAACAAGAGCGCGACAAGAGGGAUAAGGAAGCCCGUGCCGCCAAGGCUCAAAAGGAUGCCCAAGCCGCUCGAGAGGCCAAGGAGAAGUUGAGAGAGGAGAAGGCAGCUGCUCAAAAAGCGGCAAGUCACCCAUCGCAACCUAUCCAGAUCCCGAAGCGUGGCUCACAGCCUCCGGUACCUACCGCUCUACCACAGCAUACUUCCAACCCAGCGAGUUAUGCGUCUCCCAAGAUACCAGUCGCAACCCCCGUGUUAUCCAAGGCACCGACUCCGAUCCGACCCCGAACCACGUCUCAACAGCAAGAUGUGCCAUCGCAGUCAGCCACAACUUCAAGUACAAGUCAAGACCCCUCACCCCACUCAAUGACACCCCGUAUGAGUCCUGGGCCGAUUGGCCAGCGCCAUGGAAGUGCAAGUACGCAGCAUUCUUAUUCUGUUUCACCUACGAGUGGACAACCAAGGAUGCACGGACAAUCUCCCUUCCAGAUGCCCCCGAUGGGCAUGCAACCACCCCCUGGAUUGGCUCACCAUCAUCCACCACCACCAGGCUUCGGGAACCGUAUGCCUCACGAGGCCAUCUUUUCAGGUUUCCGACACAGCCCUGGUGCUAUGAUGCCCCCUCCUGGUAUCAAUGGACCACCUCGCGGAUUCCCUGUUCCUAUGCCCCCAGGAUUCUCACAGCCUGUUGAUCAGUUCGACAUGGGCGGAUUUCCAUUGCCGACAGAUCUGCCCCCACCUUCGCAUCACCGCCAGAGUUCACUGCAGUUCGACGCGCCCCCGACUCCAUCACAACCCAUAGGACGACCGGCACCUAUUGGACGACCAGGGAGCCUCAGCCAAAGUCGCACAUCUGACGACCAAGAAGAUGAGACUGCGCAUCUAGGCAGCCGAGCUCUUCUUGAAGAUGACGAACCUCUUGCAGCUGAGAUCAAUCCAGGUAGCCUACGAAAUCAGCCUCCAGGACCGCGCGGCGACUUCACCACAAGCCCUUUCUUACCUUCGGCCUUUCCUCUGGCGCACAACCCUUGGGGCCCACCUGCUGUUGGCGGACAUCCUUUGCCCCCUCCUGGGUUUAACAACCCUGGAUGGGGUGCACCGAGUGUACCUCCUGGCUUUGGUAUGACAUCUCCAAUCUCUGCUAUGAGCUCUAUUCGAGCUCCCGCGCAACCUAGGUAUGUAACCGUUCGCGCGAUGCUCUGCCAAGCUUGCAAGGAAUUGGCCAGCUCGGGAGACUCAGAAGGUUACAUCGACAUUGCAACACUCAAGUCGAGAAUUGAUGCGAUGUCAGGCGACCACAGCAUCUCAGAACUCGAUCUGUUGAACCUUUGUGAGACGGAGGGAAAUCCGAUCAACGGAGGUGGCACGUUCGAUAUCCGGCGUGAUGCAGCAGGCCCAAGCAAACAUACUGUCCGAUGGGAACCCGAUCUGAACGAUGGGCUCGUCGGACGACAUAGAUCCGUUGGUGCUCCAGGUGAGAUCGGAAGUCCUUUGAUGGGCCAAGCAACACUUCGUGGGGGACUGUAG